AUGUCAAACUGUGAACCGAAAAAAGCUGCAGAACCUCAAACCACUUGUGAAAAUGAAACACUGGAUAUUAAAGUAUACAAACGUCGAUUCUGGAUGCUCUUACUGUUCUGUAUCCUCAGUCUUUUGUGCGAUAUGAUGUAUCCUAUUUAUACAGGAAUAGCUAGCGUAACAGAAUGCUAUUACAAUGUUAGCCAAGAAGCAGUGAACUGGACAAGCCUUCUGAUGAAUGUUGUGUAUGUAAUAUUCUUUUUCCCAGUUUCCAUCUUCAUACACAAAAUGGGUCUUCGCAAAUCUGUUCUCUGCAUUUCAGUUCUAAACACUGUUGCAUCAGCCUGUCAGUUUGCUACUUUAAACCCCAAUCGAUUCACUUAUGCUAUAGUAAGCAUGCUCUUCACCUAUUUAUCCAGUGUUUUCAUCCAUUCUCUUCCGCCUUUCAUCGCAGCCGUAUGGUUUCCUAGCAACGAAGUAUCACGUGCUUGUGCUGUCGGAAUUUUUGGUAGUCAG